AUGAAUGUUUCUGAUCCAUGUUUAUCAUUGGAAUGGGUUGAAUUUAAUGACACAGUUCGUAAUCGCAUGUUUGACUGUUUAUACUUAACUAAUCCAUAUCUAGCAAAAUAUUUAAAUGUCAUAAGAGCUUCAAACAAUUACUUGGGACUUGUUUGUGAAUACUAUUCUGUAAAUUUAUCAAAUUAUCAUUGCUACCCUGUGUCUAUUAACUUGUUCAAUGUAUGUAAGCAAAUAUUGCUUGGUUUGGAAUAUUUGAAUUCAAAGGGUAUAUACCAUCGCCAAUUAUCUCUUCAGUGUGUUCUAAUUGACAAUUUUAACAAUGUAAAACUGGGACGAUACGCUUUGUCUCUUAUUGAAUUUGACAUGCAUACUUUUUUAGACAAUAUUUUAUAUCUAUCUCCAGAAACUGUUGUUUAUCAGCCACUUAACAUAGGUAUAGAUGUUUCUAAUGACAUUUGGUCUCUUGGUAUUAUAUUGUUGCAACUGUUGGACAUAACUUAUUCGGAAUUACUCAGUUCUUUAUCGAAAAUAAACCUAACUCAUGCCGCAAACAUUGCCAUGACAAUUAUAUAUCACAAGCUGAUAACUAUAUCUUUAACUAAAGGAGUGUCUUUUUCCACAAUUGGGCUUAAUAUUGAAGCUAUUAAGCCAUAUUUUUGUGAUUUUUAUACGCAUUUAAUUCCUAGACUAAGGAAUUGGUACAAUGAAUCUGAAAUUUCUGUGAUAGAGAAUCUUUCGAUUCUCGACGAAUUAUUAAAGUUCAUAACAGGCUAUAACAUAAUACAACGAUAUCACAAGCAAUUAACUUGUAACGAUUAUCCAUCACACAUUAAAAUACUAUGUAUUUGUUAUAAAUGCUUGAUAAUCAAUACUAGUUACCGUCCAACAGCAUCACAACUUUUAGAAGAUUUUUAUACGACAUUACAAUCUGAUAACCAAUAUAAUGCAACUAAUUCAACAUUUACCGAUAUUUUUGAAUUGUUUUUACACUCAAACAUCGCCAAAUACAACACUCUUGUGCCCUCAAAAUACCAUUGCAAUUCACCAUAUAAAAUUAAAUGUCCUGAAGGUUUGAGAUUACUCAGAAAAUUGAGAAGUGAUAAUACAAUUACUCCCAUUGCUGGAAUUUAUGCCUUGACCAUUAGGCCCUCCUGUGGCUAUUCCAGGCGUGUUGCUCAAUUAUACAAUUGGCUUAGAAUGUUUCGAUUUGAUCAUGUUCUCACUCAUUACAACGAAUUUCGCAAAAUAUCUCUAGCUGAGGCUCGGAUUGAUUUUCCAGUGUCACACAGAUUGAUUGUCUAUCUUAUCGCUUUGGAUAUUAUCAAUUUUGAUACAUCAAGUAAUUUUACACAAUCUGUUAAUAUUAAUCAACAGUUGCACCAGGCAAAUUAUUCGAUUAAUAAUCAAUUAUCAAAUUCACGUGUCAAGAUCGCAAUAAAUUACCUACUCAAUACCAAUAAUGAAAUUUCCUAUUAUCCUGGUCUGGAGGAUAUUUGUUGUGUGAUUACUUCAAUCACUGAUAACCAGCAGGUCAUUAACGAGUUAUUCUGUGCGAUUGUCACAAAAUUUGUAAAGCCAUUUUACUGCAGUUCCUUUGACGCUAUCAAUCAAUUGAUCGAUAAGUUUGACCGUUUUUUACGUUUCUUUGACCCUGAACUUUAUUAUCAUCUAGUAAAUCUUGAUUUCAAGUGCAAUUCGUUUCUGAUAGAGUGGUUGGCAACCUUGUUUAGCCACAUAUUAUCACUCGAUAAGUUGCUACUGUGCUGGGAUUAUAUUAUUGUCCAGGGCACAAAGUAUCAGGAUUAUAUCCUAUACAUUGCGUUGGCUAUGAUUUACAGUUGUAAAUCAUAUAUAGUAUCAUCCAGUGAUACAAACCAAUUGAUGAAGUCAAUUAACAUAGGGAUGUUGUUUGUACAUAUUCCCAUGGUCGCUAGCAUGGCCACGAGAUUAGCUUCUAUAAACAAUUAUUUUAAUGCUGGAAUGUGCAAAAACAUUACGAUAAUCAACGAAUUUUGCAAUGACCAUAAUAGCCUCAAAAUGUUCGAAAAGCGCCCGAUGGAGCUAUUGUCCCUUAAUGAUAUUUGUGGUAUUGAUUUGCAUAAAUUGUACUGUAUAGUUGUGAUUGGCACUGAUGAAUUUUACGAAAUGUUUUUAUCUAAAUACAAAUAUCCAUUGGUACAAUUUCAGAAAAUUGACGUUUAA